GGUUCUUGUCUUAAUGCCAGAUCGUUUUGUGUCGUUAUGCAAGCUUAAAUUAAAGCUUAAUUUUGAAUAAUUGUGCCUGCAGAGUUCUAUGACUUGUGAAUAACCUGCCAGAAGUUGAAAAGGAUAGCUGCUCAAUCUAAUUCAUAUCCGAAACAUUUUCUAUUUCUGUUUACACCAAGUCCCCGUAACUUCUACUCAGAAAACCAGCCUGAAAUAUUUUCGUUAUUAUCUCCUGAAAUCUAUACAAGACUCAAAAUUAUCGUGGACUGUUCAGAACGUCGUGAAACGCGAACGAAAGUUUCCGAAUCCGCUGCGAAGUCUAUGGAUGACGGGAAUCUAGUGUGUACCGUGUAGAAAAGUACUGUGUUGGUGUGGUGCGUCAGUUUGAUAGAACCCAGUGGUUUUUCGGUCUUCCCUUCUGACAUGACAUUUUAGUGAUAGCAAUGGCCUCAACGUCCAGUUUUGAGGCAAAGGUGUUGAUGUCCAAAGGCAAACGGGCCACGGCAGCCUAUAUUCACGCUGACUGCUCCAGUGGAAGAAACCCAUUACACUUGAAUGAGGUCCUGGACAAUCUCUUGAACCCAGUGAAGGCUAUCGACGAAUGGGAGACCAUAGAAUGGUGCAAAUGGCUCAUGGCAGGGGGCAGAACCCCAGAUGAAUUCUCUAGUACAGUGAGGGCCUACGACAACGCGACCACUUGCGGUUUGGUAUGGACGCCGAACUUCGUAGCCUACCGAUGCCGAACUUGUGGCAUCUCGCCGUGCAUGUCCUUGUGCACGGAAUGCUUCAAGAAGGGCAACCAUGCCAGACACGACUUCAACAUGUUCCUCAGUCAGGCUGGAGGAGCCUUCUGUGAUCGCCAUGGGCCCAACAAAGGCUCGUCCAGCAAGAAGGCCCCCACCGACUUAACCUGCGUCGCUGAGGCCAUGAUGCCACGCAUCAUCCUAAGGCUGGUUCAACACCUGCGGGAAAAUGGCCGAGCCGGUGCAUCUCCGGACGCGUACAAAGGCGCCAUUCAGGACGCUGACGGUUUCAUCACCAUGCUGCUCGAUUUCAACAACAUGGGAGGGCUGAUGCGACGGGUCAUCACUGCCGCACUCACUAACCCGCAGAAAUAUCGCGUACUCAACGAAGUACCCGAGAACCUGGACACCGAGUACGCCCAAUACCAGCAAGAAUCGCGUCGUAUUUACGAGGAAGCUGUCAAAUCGUUGCCGAACCCGAAACCGUCCGACGAGUUCCAAGACUGUCCCUCCCUCCAGGAAAACCUCGUCCAUAAAACCUUCCUCGAAGAGCUGGUCUUCUGGACUGUCAAGUUUGAGUUCCCUCAAAAGGUGGUUUGUUUGCUGUUGAAUAUGCUCCCGGAUCCAGACUACAAAGAAGCGCUUACGAGAGCGUUCGUUCUUCACUACAGUAGGAUAUCCAUGAUGUUGGAGCGAUCUGCAGAUCCAGAUACGUUAAGCAACAGGGUAGUCCAUGUCAGCGUCCAGCUGUUCUCCAAUGAGAGUCUGGCGCUUAGAAUGACAGAACAGCUGAAUUUGCUGCAUGUCAUGGUCAUCAGUCUCAAGUAUAUGAUGAAUAAUAUACUGAUCAGGAACACAUUACACAAUGCAGACGACAACUGUCACUAUGUAGUCGACUGUGCAAAGCCAGUGAUGAAGGAUCACUGCUACUGGCCACUGGUAUCCGACCUGAACAAUGUGCUGUCUCAUAGACCUGUUGCGCUAAAAUUCAUGUCCGACGAUUCUCUGUUGGAGAUGUGGUUCGCCUUCUUGUCAAUGUUCCAAGGCAUGAACGUGAACCAGAGGGAACUGAGCCAACACAUCGAAUUCGAGCCUAACACGUACUAUGCAGCGUUCAGUGCAGAAUUGGAAGCAAGCGCGUACCCAAUGUGGGCGCUCGUGUCACAUUUGACAGACUCCAGUACCGCGGCUCUCACUAAACGGGUGUUGUCAGCCUGCUUAACCGAGAUCAAUAACUGGCUGGAGGCUAUCAGCUGCACCACACCCACUGUGGAGGACAGCUAUCAGGUGUCAUUCCAUCUACCUUUGCACCGAUAUCUAGCGGUUUUCCUUUGCCAAGCAGUCGCUAAACAAGGAAUUUCUCUAAACGAGGUGCUGCCACCUGCCGAGUAUUUUCUCAAUCUACUCAUGAUGCACCCGCUGCUAGUACAGGUGAGUCCGAUUUUGUGUAAACUCUUUUUUUUACAAAUGGUAGUUCGGAAAUUUUGUUUUUAA